UUGUCAAUGAAGAGAAGAAGACAACAACCACAGCAACAACAACCACAACAACAAGGAGCAGCGCACACAAGCUUAGCCCAGCCUCCGUGCAGAAUGCUCCCAGAAGCCAGGCUAAGCCAGGCCUGAACUCGCGCAGCUCCCAGCUGGCAGGCAAAUCGGAUGGCAGCACUGCAUCAGCCGUGGGCACUCGCAAGACGAAGACCUUCAAGCAUCAGGAUAACAUAUCGUCCAGAAUGCGGAUUAUUGCCGGCGCAUUGCCACGAGCGACGCAGUGGCACAAUAAUCGCAUUUAUCGGCCGUCGUCCUCGAAGAUCUUCGACUAUGAUCUGUCCAAGCAGGAGGCGCGCUUCUUUGGCCAAUUCCGUACGCCGAUGAAAUCUGUGCCGGCCGAUGAACUGCAGCUGCUCAGGUCUGGCAAUCGUUCGUCCUAUUUGGAGACGCGCUACGGCCAUACGCCGGAUGUCAAGUACAACUAUCCGGAGGCAACCAGCUGGCGAUAUGGCUGGUUCCAUCAGGUCAAUGCCACAGCCAAAUAGAAGGAGAGACUGAUUCUUCCGCCCGCUCAUGCUAAGCUGAAUAGGAUAGGGACUAGCGAUCACACCCUCAGCUGGCAUUUCGUUUCCAUUGCACAGCCAGUCGAACUUAGAUGUACUUUUGAUUUUAUUAAUCCCCCUCUUUUUUUUUAUUCUCCUUUGGUGUUUUUUCUACUCUCCUUAUACCAUAUACCAUACAUCAUAACAGCCCAAAUUGAUGAAAGUGUAGCGAAAUGAAUUGCCUAGCUCUUCGCAUGUGUUGAAAUGAGUUGAGAUGAGAUCUUUAGCAUGUAAAUGUCAGUACAUCCCAUUAAAUAUACCAACACGAGUGUUUAACCUAUUG